AUAUAAGAGUGUUACAGAGGAAGCAAAAGUUGUGUUUGGCUCUUUGGCUUCAGUAUUGUUUGUUAAAGAGAAUCAAAAAUGGUGGUUAAGGUGUACGGUCCCCACUGUGCUUCUACCAAACGGGUGCUCGUUUGUCUCGUUGAGAAGGAGAUCGAAUUUGAGGUUGUCCCUGUCGAUGUCACUAAGGGCGAGCACAAAAAUCCUGAGUACCUUAAAUUACAGCCCUUUGGAGUUGUUCCUGUCAUCCAAGAUGGAGACUACACUUUAUAUGAAUCACGUGCCAUAAUGAGGUAUUAUGCAGAGAAAUACAGAUCUGAAGGGGUUGAGUUGUUGGGGAGGACAGCAGAAGAGAGAGGUGUUGUGGAACAAUGGCUGGAAGUUGAAGCACAUAACUUUAAUCCACCGGCGUAUGAUUUGGCCGUGCAUGUUCUGUUUGGUCCAUUAUUAGGCAUCACUCCAGAUCCAAAGGUGGCAGAAGAGAGUGAAGCAAAGCUGGUGAAGGUGUUGGAUGUUUAUGAGAAGAGACUGUCAAAGAGCAAGUAUCUGGGUGGUGAUUUCUUCAGUCUUGCUGAUAUAAGUCAUCUUCCAUUCACAGAUUACAUUGUGAAUAAGAUGAAUAAAGGGUAUUUGAUUAAAGAUAGGAAGCAUGUGAGUGAUUGGUGGGAUGACAUAAGCAGUAGACCGUCGUGGAAGAAGGUUAUCGAACUCUACCCACCUCCGAUAUAGUUCUUCAAUGGAGUCUGCAGUCAUUGUCAUCUAUCUUUCAACGUGCUUCUUCUCAAUAAUAAAUGUACUUUUAUAAUUAUCAAUGAAGUCUGCAAUGUAAACCCAAAAAUCUCAUUUGACAACUACUGUUGUCUGAAAUUAAAUAAAUGUGUGCUGCUUUGAAACCGA